AGGAUUAAAUUGUGAAAUACAAGGUGUAAAGUUCGAAAUCAGUUGAUUUGCAGAAUCUGCGUCAAUUUGAUUAAGUGACUGCCUAAUUGCAUGAAAAUUGAUAUUAAACUGCCUGUUAAAGCCUAGUUUGUGAGAAUUUACUGUUUACAUAACAGUUCAUUUUUGGCGCCUUUACUUCGCCCACACAAGCUUUAUAAUAGUGCACCAAUAUGCAGCCCUUAAAGCGCUUCACACAAUGUGGCAGCCUGACAAUGCUCUUCGGCGUCUUCAUCAUACUCUUUGGGGUGAGCUCCACAGCAUUGACUACAUUCGGAAAGACCAAUAAUCAGCCGCCUCCCACUCAGGGACCUAUUAUUAAGGGUCGCGAGUGUAGCACAAACGACGACUGCUCGACGGCAGAGCGUACCAGCUGUGUCAAGGAUACCAAUGACUACAAGAUGCGUUGCCUAUGCGGAAAUGAUUCGCCGCCCUCAAAUGGACUCUGCCCCGAUGUGCUAAAAGGACUGCGGCAUAGGUGCAACAGCAAUCAUGAGUGUGAGGAUGGAAUGGUGUGUCAAUUUGAGAACAACAAUCGAACCAUUGGCGUAUCCAAGUUCAUAACGAGUAAAACCAAACUGUGUCUGUGUGACAACGAUAAUGGCUAUGUCGAGGAUAUAUUGCAUGAUAUUUGCAGUGGUGCAAAUCAUCGAUUUCUGGUAAACAUUUUGGUAUCACUUUGUUCACUGAUGGCGCCGUUCUUCUUCUCUGCUCACAUGAGCAUGAGAAAGCAUUUUUAGAAGGAUUAUUGAACCAAGGCAAACGAAUCCCAAUUCAAUUAUUACGUCUAUGUCGUCAUCUCCAAGUGAUCUAUCGAAUGUGCCUCAAUAAAUAAAAACAACUAAACCAUUGUUCGAAAUAAAUGCUCCAAUAAUGCUCUCAAAAUUCAGUAAGCUAUUCAAUUGGCUAUUCAAAUCGUAAAAUGCCCGUUUCGGUAGUCAUUAGCCUAAAUGUCGUUAUAUUGAAUAAGUUUCAUAAGUACCACCGUCAAUUUUAUUCGCUUCUCACACAGGUCGCGUUACACAUAUAUACUUAUUAUCUAAUAAACGUUUUAUAUAAAUCCAAUUCACGAACACUAGUCGGUACCUUAUAUAUAUAUACAUAUAUAUGCUACACAUA